AUGUCUUUGUAUCUCCCAACGCGUCGCUUUCAAAUUUAUCAAAUCUUUGCUCCGAACACGAAUGUUGGCAAAACCAUAAUCUCUGCUGGUCUCUUGAACGCAUUUUCGAAAUCUCCCUCGCCGCUAUCUAACAAAUACAAUCGAUCUGGUAAUUCGAGCAAGGCUGAUGCGCAUAAUAGUUUCGAAAAGCUUUUUUACGUGAAACCUGUCCAAACGGGUUAUCCUGCUGAUAGCGAUGCUAGGUUUGUGAAGGAUUGUCUCGAUAGUGGACAGCAAAUACAAUACAAGACAUUGUACGAGUAUGAACAGCCUGUUAGUCCGCAUUUGGCUAUUGGAAAUAAUAAGGCACCGAGUGAUAAUGAAGUUUUGGAAAAUGUCAAAGCAUCCAUUGUCGAUUGCAAACGGGUUGCUCGAAAUAAUGGUUUACUAAUAUUGGAAACUGCUGGUGGUGUCAAUAGCCCCAUAAUGUCAGGUACACCGCAAAUCGCGUUUUAUCGUCCAUUGCGUCUUCCCACAAUUGUCAUCGGCGAUAGUAAGCUAGGGGGAAUCUCUACAACGCUUUCGGCUCUUGAAUCACUUCAUGUACGCGGUUAUGACGUCCUCUCUAUUCUUUUUCUUACUAAACCCGACAAGUUUGGUGAUUCCAAUUUCGCAUAUUUCCGAUCACUUACGGAAUCGCUCAACUCGCAUCUUCGACUUCCUUAUCGUAUCCCGAUCUUUGGUAUCUCCUCACCUCCAGAGAAAAAGGAAUCGAGGCAACAAGAUCUGAUCGAUUUGAAAAAUUAUUUUAAAGAUACCGAGAGCGAAUAUGACGGUAUCAUUAAAGAGUUGAGAAGAUGGUACAACGACAGGUUUGAUAGACUGGAAGAAAUGGAAGAAAAGACAAAAAAAGUAGUAUGGUGGCCGUUCACUCAGCAUCAAAAUGUAGAGAAAGUUACGGUUAUUGAUUCGGCACAUGAGGAUUUUUUUGUCACAUAUAGGAAAGAUGGAGGAGAAAAGACUAGGGUUGGGGAGAAAAUUAGUAGUGACAGUGAUGCUAAACAUGGCAAGCGUGGGGGAGAUUUCAAAGAAUUGUUUGACGCAUGUGCAAGUUGGUGGACUCAAGGUCUUGGCCAUGGUUCUCAGAGAUUGAGUUUGGCCUCCGCCUACGCAGCAGGCCGCUAUGGCCAUGUGAUUUUUCCCGAAUGCACACACGAACCCGCUCUUGCUAUAUCCGAAUCAUUGCUCUCGACAGUCGGGCGUCCAUGGGCGGAUCGAGUGUUUUUCUCGGAUAAUGGAAGCACGGCCAUGGAAGUGGCUUUGAAGAUGGGGCUGCGGGCAUUUGAAGCAGAAAUGGAAGACAGCAGUGGAGUAACAAAGUCUGAGGGGAACGAAGAGGGUAAUGCAAAAGCCGAGAGAAACGGAGAGCAUCUGGAGGUUUUGGGUCUUAAUGGGAGCUAUCAUGGUGAUACCAUUGGAGCUAUGGAUGCUUGUGGACCAAACGUGUUUAACGAGCAGGUUGGAUGGUACAAACCUCGAGGAUACUGGUUCGAUCCCCCGAUGGUGCUAAUGAAAGACGGCGUAUAUGGAGUUCAUAUUCCACCCUCGUUCACUCUUACCAGUACCGCAGCAUCCUCGCCCAUCUCAUCAAUCGCGAAUUCUCAACGCUUCACGUCACUUUCCGCAGUCUUUUCUCAAACACGCGACUCUUCUGCUCUUGCCGACUUUUACAAGUCUCACAUUAUGUCAACGUUUCAUCAACUAAGUUCAUCAGGACGUACGUUUGGUUCGCUGGUGAUGGAACCUGUUGUAAUGGGCGCAGGAGGGAUGAUAUUUGUUGAUCCAGUCUUUCAGCGAUGUCUUGUUGAUUGUGCGAGAAGUCACGAUUGGGGAAGAAAGAAGAGACAGUAUCAGACCGGUGAAUGGAAAGGGUUGCCAGUUAUAUUUGACGAAGUAUAUACGGGACUUUGGAGACUUGGGCGAAUGAGUGGGGCUGAAAUGUUGGGAGUGGUCAUGAAACAGAAUCCAGAUAUAGCAGCUUACGCAAAAUUGCUGACGGGCGGCUUACUCCCACUUGCGGUCACCCUCGCGUCUGAGAAUAUAUUCUCUUCUUUCUCUACACCCCAUAAGACGGAUGCCUUACUCCACGGGCAUUCUUACACUGCACACCCGAUCGGGUGCUGGGUCGCGAAAACCUGUCUUGAUGAAUAUGCUAUAAUGAACAAAUCAGAUGGGUCCUGGAGCGAACAUAAGAGAGAAUGGAUUGCCGGUGACGGCGAUAAUAAUUGGAGCAUGUGGAGUGUCAAGACUGUCGAUCAUAUUUCUCGACUACCAAACGUCAAAGGUGUCUUUGCUUUGGGUACAUUGCUUUCAGUUCAUUUAGAAUCCUCUUCAUCCAACCAAGGAUAUGCAUCGAAUGUUGCUAAAGAUCUCAUAAAACAUCUUCGCAGUCAUUCGCACGAUACCAUAAGCAGCGAUAUAAGCAAUGUCAAUAAUGAAUAUGGCAUCUUUGCAAGACCCCUCGGUGAUGUAGUAUACUUUAUGACUUCUUUGAUAACUAACCGUGCUAUUGUGAACGAUAUCGAGAGAAUGAUAGUUAAAGCAUUAGAAUCGCUCUAA